AACGCCACCCUUUCAUGUGUUUCUCGUGCGCAGGCUCUGGUGGAGGUCACUGUGAUCUAACAGCGUAGUGGGACUGUUGCCAUGGCUAAACUCUUUGAGUCCAUUGGAAAGCUGGGAUUGGCCUUGGCCAUCGGAGGAGGUGUAGUUAAUUCUGCUCUGUUUAAUGUGGAUGCGGGACACAGGGCUGUCAUCUUCAACAGGUUUCGAGGUGUCCAGGAUGAUGUUGUUGGGGAGGGCACACACUUCCUUAUACCCUGGGUGCAGAAGCCAAUCAUCUUUGACUGCAGGUCCCGUCCACGUAAUGUGCCAGUCAUCACUGGUAGCAAAGAUUUGCAGAAUGUGAACAUCACGCUGAGAAUCCUGUUCAGACCAGUUGCUGGACAACUGCCACGUAUUUUCAUGAGUAUCGGAGAGGACUAUGAUGAGAGAGUGCUGCCCUCCAUCACCACUGAGGUUCUGAAGGCUGUAGUGGCCCGUUUUGAUGCUGGUGAGCUCAUCACUCAGAGAGAGCUGGUUUCCAGGCAGGUCAGUGAAGAUCUGACAGAAAGAGCAUCCACCUUCGGUCUCAUUCUAGAUGACGUCUCUCUGACACAUCUGACGUUUGGCAAGGAGUUCACUGAGGCUGUUGAGAUGAAGCAGGUUGCACAGCAGGAGGCUGAGAGAGCCAGGUUUGUUGUGGAGAAGGCAGAACAGCAGAAGCAGGCAGCCAUUAUAUCAGCGGAAGGAGACUCCCAGGCUGCGCUGUUGAUCGCUGAUUCUCUAGCAGUAGCUGGUGACGGCCUGGUGGAGCUGAGAAAGCUGGAGGCAGCUGAGGACAUCGCCUUCCAGCUCAGCCGCUCUCGCAAUGUUACCUACCUCCCAUCUGGACAGGGAACGCUCCUUCAGUUACCACAGUGACAGGGAAACUAGAGACACACACAUACACUCACUUCUCUUUUUUUUGUUGCAAAUUUGGCUACUUUUGGAAAAGAUGAUGUCUGUAGACCCCAUGCAACUAUCUGAUCAGCCUAUAGGCAAACCUUAUAGAGGCAAAGACAACUUGUUUUUCUCUCUUUUAGUCCAAUAAUUUACUUGCUCUCUUCCUGAAAGUAUGGACUGCCACAAGGUGGUUACAGCAAUUGAAAAGAGUCUGUGUGUAUGCAAAUGUACUGCCGGUGCACAUAUAUAUUUGCAUUUGAAAUGUUUUCUCUGCUAAAUGUGAGUUGAUAUUGUUUAAAAUUAAAUUGUACGUUCAUGAGUAGUGAGACACACAGACUGCAUUGUCAAUGUGUGCCAUGCUGCUGGAUGAUUGACAUCAAUCUCACUCUCUGCUAAUGCAGGACCGGCUGUGUUGUUUUUUUGGUUUGAAAAUGUUUUGUUAUUGUAUGUACGUGGCAGAAGGAAUGCUCUUGUAUUCUACAAGUGGCGAAUUGAUAAAAUAAUCAAUAAACAACAGUGAUUCAUUUAUAUUAAACCAAAAUACAA